GCCGCGAUGUCCGCCGAGCCACCCCCGGGGCCGGAGGGCCGCUCCGCCAUCCUGCGCGCCUCGGAGAAGAAGUGCUCAUGGGCUUCUUAUAUGACCAACUCCCCUACACUGAUCGUUAUGAUUGGUCUCCCUGCACGGGGCAAGACUUAUAUGUCCAAGAAACUAACCCGCUACCUCAAUUGGAUUGGAGUGCCUACAAAAGUGUUUAAUUUAGGAGUGUACCGUCGUGAAGCAGUGAAGUCGUACAAGUCCUACGAUUUUUUCAGGCAUGAUAACAAAGAAGCCAUGGAGAUUCGGAAAAAAUGUGCCUUGGUGGCCCUGGAAGAUGUGAAAGCUUAUCUCCUGGAGGAGUGCGGGCAGAUUGCAGUCUUCGAUGCAACCAACACAACUCGGGAAAGGAGGGACCUGAUUUUAAAUUUUGCUAAAGAAAAUGCUUUUAAGGUGUUUUUUGUGGAGUCUGUCUGUGAUGAUCCUGAUGUGAUUGCUGCCAAUAUCCUGGAAGUGAAGGUCUCAAGUCCUGACUACCCAGAGAGAAACAGAGAGAAUGUGAUGGAUGACUUCCUGAAGAGGAUAGAGUGCUAUAAAGUCACAUACCAGCUUCUUGAUCCAGAUGAUUAUGACAAAGACCUUUCCUUCAUUAAAGUGAUCAACGUGGGGCAGCGAUUCCUGGUAAACCGGGUCCAGGAUUACAUCCAGAGUAAAAUUGUCUACUACCUUAUGAACAUUCACGUCCAGCCCCGUACCAUCUACCUGUGCCGACAUGGCGAGAGCGAGCACAACCUUGUUGGCAAGAUUGGUGGGGAUUCUGGCUUGUCAUCUCGUGGCAAACAGUUUGCUCAAACCCUGAAAAAAUUUAUCAAGGAGCAGGAAAUUGUGGAUUUGAAGGUGUGGACAAGCCAGCUGAAGAGAACUAUCCAGACAGCUGAGUCUUUGGGGGUCCCCUAUGAACAGUGGAAGAUUUUGAAUGAGAUCGAUGCUGGGGUAUGUGAAGAAAUGACUUAUGAAGAAAUUGAAAAUAAGUACCCUGAUGAGUUUGCUCUGAGAGAUCAAGAGAAAUAUCUUUAUCGCUAUCCCGGAGGAGAGUCUUAUCAAGACUUGGUGCAGCGCCUCGAGCCUGUAAUCAUGGAGCUAGAACGUCAAGGCAGUGUCUUAGUUGUCGCUCACCAGGCUGUUAUGAGAUGCCUGUUGGCUUACUUCCUUGACAAGAAUGCAGAUGAGCUGCCGUACCUGAGAUGCCCGCUUCAUACUGUAUUCAAACUCACGCCGGUUGCAUAUGGUUGCAAAGUAGAAAUGAUCAACCUGAAUGUUGAAGCAGUCAACACCCACCGAGACAAACCUUCUAUGAGUACAACCAACCCUUCAAAGAGCCAAACUCCCUUAAGGAUGAGAAGAAACAGCUUUACACCUCUGGCCAGUGCGGACACAAUAAAGCGCCCACGAAAUUACAGUGUUGGGAGCAGGCCUCUCAGCCCGCUGGAGUCUCUCGUAUUCCCAGAGGCUCAAGAUGGGAGUGAUCAUCGGAAGCUACAAGUCAGUGCUCAAGUGGUAACUCAUCUAUGCUAUCCCUUCACACAGUCGUGCACACAAGUAAUGAUCAAACAAUCACGGACCAUUUCCAGUGAUUCCAUUUGAAGUGCAUAUGUAGCCACGUAGCAUGUAUACCUUUCAUCACCAUCCAAUCUUGAGAAUCACUUAAAAUGCUGAACCUAUUAACACCAUCUUGGAGUGGAACUGUCAUCCAGAAGCAUUACAAUCGCAUGCUACCGGCAGGGUGACUCUCCUUGCAUAAUGCUGAUUUUCUGGUUGGUUAAUUUAAACUAGGGCACUCCUCAGCAGGAUGGGUAGAUUGGUAAAAGUAGUGGCCUGUUUACAAGUCCAAAUGCUGUAAGGUAUAUGCAACUAAAUGGUCCUCUCAUCCCAGUGCGAUUUGAUUAGCAGCUUCUUUGCAUGCUCAGUCGUGGUGAGGAGUAGCCAUGCCUCUUCACUCGGCUGCUCCUGCCCUUUUUGUUCUGCAGACUCUUGGUUCGAGCUGUGGCCAGAGGGUGUUUCAAGGCACUUGAUCCUUGAUACUACUGUCCUCCUUUUACCAUCUCUGUACAUGAAAGCCAAAAUUUGCAAAAGCAGCCAUAGAUUUUUAGAUGCCUUGAUGUCUAGUUGUCCAACUUCUAAAGUGUCUCAUGUUCAGACCCUACCAUUUUAUUUCCUACUUGCUUAAUGAAAGUGUGGGCCAGACUCACUCCUUGCUGUGUGUAUGUGGAGCCCCAUUUGCUUUUUUAUUUCUUUGUUCCCAGUUCCUUGAGGAACGAGCUGGGGAAGAGAGGUGAUGAUUCUUAGUCCAGUUUCCCAGUGACACAGAGAAAUCUAGUGCAGAAAUGGCUAUAAUUGCUUCACUUGUUGGAAGCCCCAGGGGAGAGAGAAAGCAUGGAAGAGGCUGGGUGUUGAACUGUCCUCUGACCGGUAAAGUCAAGCUUAGGACAGAUUGGUGGGCCAGUGUGAGGGUCUUUUCAGAACCAGGCUCUUGCUGCAGCUGCACCCAUGUUGCAUUUUGCUCCUCUCUCCGGGGCCUGCCAUCUUUAGUGAAGCAAUUAUUUCCAGUCUGCUGCUGGACUGAUCUCUGGCACUGAUUGCUGCAGUUCUCUUGGGAAUGACACUGGCUUAUGUAGGAAGGUGAGAGAGAGAGAGAAAGUGAAGUCUGAUUCCUCCCAGUUAUUUGCUUCUUGUGUCUUGCAUCAGAUAAACAGGGCUCAGAUCAGUGACAAGAUUCCACCUUUUCCUAGGACAGCAGGGCAAGUCACAAUUACAGUUCUCAGUCUCUUAAGUAUUUAAUAGACCUGCUUGGGAUCACUUUUUUCCCCCUGCUAGCAUAUGAACUUUUCAAAAAAAGAAAACAAAAGAAUGGGUUUUUUUUUUCAAUGUUAAAGACAGUUUUUUUUUCAAUAGAAACUUCUUUAAACAUUCCCUCCGUCUUGUUUCCAGUGGUGGCUUUAUAACCUGCUGCUGCUGUAGUACACAAGAGCCAACAAAUACUUUUGGGAGUAGCCAAAAAUGAAAUAUAACCUAUUUUUGUUGUUCAAGUAGCAUCCCCUGUGUUUGCACUUCAGCCAGCUUAAAGACUGGAGUGUGACAGUUUUAAAAGCUUUGGUCCUAAUUCACCAGUGCAUUGCAGUUUUCAGGCUGGCCUUGCUCUGUUAUCUGCCAAGCAAUGAAAUGAAGUAAUUUCUGAUGAACCCCAAGUUCAACUUGGGGUCUGUAAUUCUAAGGUGCUUGCAGUAAAACACAUCCCCAACUCUUUGGAAGUGACAGCUAAUAUUGGGCAUCCAACUUAAGACACUUCAGGUGAUGCCCUUUGGAUACCAGGCUCCUUUUGAAAAUCAGCCCCUUGAUGUUGCAUAAGUAGGGUGGCCCAUAAAUGGAGACGCUCAGGAUCACUCCUCACUUGUGUGAGUUUGGGUUCUGUCCUAAUGCAAUUGUUUAAAACCUAAAAUAGUCUUUUUUUUAAACUUAGCAUUGUAAAAAUUGCUUCUCUUUGCUUUGCCGUUAAUAAGAACGCUGCUUAUUACGAGGGAUGAUGCUGAAUUGGACAGAGCCAUAUAAAUGAGUGUGCAGCUAGUGAGCUGAAUGACUAGCUCAGCUUGAUUGAUGCUUCAGGGUGCAGUUUGCCUGGCCUGUCAUACCACCGGUUCUGAUAAGUCUGCAAUGGUGCCUUCCCAACAUGAGAUUCUGGGGGUUG